CUCCCCCCUCCACUUGAACAAAAGGGCAAAAAAAAAAAAGAGAAUAAAAAAAAGAAACCUCCAUCGAGCGAAACCCCGACUUUUAUUUUCAAUCGAAACCCAACAACAAAAAAGAAAGGGAAAAUCAUUGUCUUAAUCAUAUGGAGGUGGGUUUCGUUUAGAAUCCUCUCCUCCCAUUUGCAGUGUGCCAGGAAAGGGAAUCCAGAUCAUAUUUUUUCUUGAGCUUGGCCCUGCAAAAGAAGGAAGGAGGAAAAAAAGAACAAAAACGUUUGGUUCUUUUUGAGCUUAUUGGUCCAGUUCCAAAUGGGUAUGUCAGCUGAUAAUGUGCAUGGACUUGUCUUGGCCCUUUCUUCAAGCGUGUUCAUCGGUUCGAGCUUCAUUGUCAAGAAGAAAGGAUUAAAGAAAGCCGGUGCAACCGGAACUAGAGCAGGUUCAGGAGGGUAUUCUUAUUUGUACGAACCAUGGUGGUGGGCCGGAAUGACAACCAUGAUUGUCGGGGAGAUAGCAAAUUUUGCAGCUUAUGCCUAUGCUCCGGCAAUUCUUGUAACUCCUCUGGGAGCACUUAGCAUCAUUUUCAGUGCAGUGUUAGCACAUUUUAUCCUCGAGGAGAAAUUGCAUGUAUUUGGAGCACUUGGAUGUGUCCUAUGUGUGGUGGGAUCUACGAGUAUUGUCUUACAUGCACCAAAAGAGAAAGACAUUGAAUCAGUCAAGCAAGUUUGGCGCCUAGCUACACAACCAGGUUUCAUCGUAUACACUUGUGUAGUAGCUAUAGUGGUUCUUAUUCUAAUUUUUCGCUAUGUGCCACGCUAUGGACACAGUCAUAUGAUGGUGUACAUUGGAAUCUGCUCUCUUAUGGGCUCUUUAACGGUGAUGAGUGUCAAAGCAGUGGGAAUUGCUCUAAAGCUAACAUUUUCUGGAAUGAACCAAUUUAUCUAUUUCCAAACAUGGAUUUUUACAGUUAUUGUGGUCCUAUUUAGCCUUACCCAAGUAAACUACUUGAACAAGGCUCUGGACACUUUUAAUACUGCUGUCAUAUCUCCAGUAUACUACGUGAUGUUUACAUCGUUCACUAUCCUUGCUAGCAUGAUUAUGUUUAAGGAUUGGGAUUCGCAAAAUGCUUCUCAAAUUGUGACCGAGUUAUGCGGUUUCAUCACUAUUUUAUCGGGAACAUUUCUUCUGCACAAGACAAAGGACAUGGGAGACGAAUCACCCAUUGAUGCCAGCGUAUUUUCUUUCUCAAAAUCACCAAGUCCAAACCCAAAAGUGACCCCAAGUCCCAAUAGCUAACGCCAAAUAUAGUUGCUGAUUCAUUCCCUUCAAAAUCGUGUUCCAUGAUGAUCUGAAGAGAACCACGGGGCUGCCUGUCUUUCUAGAGAAGAUUUAUGUCUUAUUUCGACAAGGUGAUGGAUAUUUGUCUAUCACUGCCAAAAAUUAGGAAGCAUGGUGAUCUUGGGGAAUUCGCUUUAGAACACAAUAUGCAAAUAGGGACUCCACAUGCUUAUUUGUUUCACUAUUUUCUUGAAGAGGACAACCUUUUAGUUUGAGGUUGUGAAUAGUGUCCACAAGUUCAUGUUAUUUGUUGGAUCAAGGAGAUUUUUUGGACUAAUUGUUGCAGACUUUAUAAAAGAGUAGAUACAUACAAAAUAGGUUUUCAUUCGCA